AUGGCUGCUGUCGAAAAGCAGGCUGAUGUGCCCACUGACGCCAACCUCGGCGCCAAAGAAGGGACCUCCUCGCCUUCGUCGAGUAGCAUCGGUGACACGGGCAUCAACGAGAAGUCCUUGCUGCGCAAAUUGGACUAUUUGCUGCUCCCUCCGUUGACUCUGCUGUAUUUGCUCUCUUUUCUGGACCGAAGCAAUGUGGGAAAUGCGCGUCUCGAAGGCAUGGCCACCGACAUCAAAAUGUCGCUCAUGGGAAGAAAUCAUGUAGCCGGAAAUCAAUACCUCACCGGCCUGACCCUCUACUUCAUCGGCUACGUCCUCUUCGAAAUCCCCUGCAAUGUCAUCCUGAAGAAGACCACUCCACGGAUUUGGCUGCCCACGCUUACCCUGGUCUGGGGUGUGGUUGCGACACUGCUGGGAGUUGUGCAGAACUACCCCGGUUACCUGGCGUCGCGUUUCUUCCUGGGUGUGGCGGAGAGCGGGCUCUUCCCCGGGGUGGUAUUCUAUCUUUCGAUGUGGUAUAAACGCAACGAGCAACACUAUCGCGUCGCGCUGUUCUUCAGUGCUGCGUCUCUGGCGGGUGCCUUUGGGGGGAUCCUUGCAUGGGGCAUUGCGCAUAUGAAAGGCGUGGGUGGGUACAAUGGCUGGCGAUGGAUAUUCAUCCUGGAAGGGUUGUUGACCAUCGUCGUGUCGGUCAUCGCCUAUUUCUGGGUAUACAACUACCCGUCCACUGCGGAGUUUCUGUCCAAGGAGGAGAGGGAGUUCAUUCAGUUCCGCCUGAAAAAUGACAACGAUGCCACUCGCGACGAGAAAUUCUCGUGGUCAGCUGUGCUGGACGCAUUCAAGGACCCCAAGGUCUGGUUGUAUGGACUGGGAUUCCACACGAUGUCUUUGCCACUGUAUACACUGUCGCUGUUCUUGCCAACUAUCAUCAAAGAACUCGGAUACUCAGCCGCGCAGGCGCAGCUGCUCUCAGUGCCGCCAUACGCCGUGGCCUUUAUCCUGACUAUUGGCGUGGCGGUGUUCUCCGAGCGCACCCGGCUUCGCGCGCCCUUCAUCAUGGGCUCAUCCGCUCUGGCCUGUAUCGGGUACAUUAUUUUGAUCGCGCAGCAUCGGGCUGGCGUAUCGUACCUCGGAACGAUCUUUGCUGCGGCGGGCAUUUAUCCAGCCGUGGCCAUUGUCUUAUCAUGGCCCGCAAACAACGUCUCCGGCCAGACGAAGCGCUGCAUCGCCAACGCCAUGCAGAUCUCCAUUGGCAACUUGGGUGCAGUAUUGGGCACUCAGCUGUAUCGUACUGAAACUAGCCCGCGGUACUUUCUGGGACAUGGCUUUGCGCUGGGGUACUUGGUGGCCAAUAUUCUGGUGGUUGGAGUGCUAUGGCAUGUUCUCCGAAAGGAGAAUGCAGAGAAAGAGCAGUUGCGGGAAGCCCAGGGACUGUCGCCUCUGAUGGGCGAUAUUGGUGAUGCCGAGGGCGACUUUCUGGGUGACCAGGAUCCGCGAUGGGUGUUCCAGACAUGA